AGUGCAGUCUGCUCCAGUGUUGAAAGACUGAAGGGGAUUUUUUUUUUUAACAAGGAAUUUCUCUCCCCCCAAAACAAUUUCCACCAACAUGACCUCUAAUUCCAAUUUAUCCAACAUGCGGCGGCUGGUGGAACAACUGAAGCUCGAGGCCAGUGUGGAGAGAAUCAAGGUGUCUCAGGCAGCUGCAGAGCUCCAGCAGUACUGUCUGCAGAAUGCAGGCAAAGACGCCCUGCUGGUCGGCGUCCCCACAGGCAGCAACCCCUUCAGAGAACCACGCUCCUGUGCUGUAGUGUGAAGAAUUUGUACUGUCUUUGCAGGGGAGGAAGAAGUGGACACAACUGUGGCAUCUCACUCACAGAAGAAAAUAAUUCCUUUUAGUUUUUUAAGAAAAGCACAUUUUAAUGAUUUAUUUUUCAGAUAAAUGUCUUGUUUUAUUACUUUACUGUAUAGCCAUACAAAUCUGCUUUUUAACACAAUAAAGGGCAUUACAGAAACCUUCUUCAU